GCUGCAGUUUCCCGGAUGUAGUACUUGGUUCAACAUGGCGUCGCUAAAGUAAUACUUGGGCUAAUGUCACACAGUUUGGUUAAAGUUUACUUGCUUCUCGUACCCGAAACAAAGGAAGGAUCGUUACGUCUUGGUGGGAGCUUAAACUUCACCUGAGGUUUUUCGGGUCUGAUGCUGGGCUGCUAUCAAAUGCAGGCAUGUUUUCCAAGAAGAAGAAGACCCGAAUCGACAUCUCUGCUCCAUCUAACUUUGAGCAUCGUGUGCACACUGACUUCGAUGAGCAGGAGCAAAAGUUUGUGGGGCUGCCGCGCCAGUGGCAGUCCCUCAUUGAAGACACAGCCAAGCGCCCCAAACCUUUCAUUGAUGCAACAGUCAUCACUACUGUGGAGCCACGCAAAACCAUAGUACGAGGCAGCAAGAUAGGUGUGGAUGGCUCUCUGAUAUGGCUUCUGGAUGAGUUUGACCAAAUGUCCAUAACACGCUCCAAUUCACUGAGACGGGGAAGCCCACCUAUCCAACCACGCAGGGACUUCCCCGGACAGCAGGAAAACGGAGAGCACCUUUACAGACACUACGCCCACCCAGGAGACAGAGAGGGACCACGAGCCAAACCAGAACAUGCGGUCCCGCCUCUCAAAGAUGAAAAAGUCCAGGGACGUCCUCAGCAGCAACCCAGGGGACAAGAGCCUAGCAGGGGCCACAGAGACAGACCAGGCUCUGGGCCCCCGCCUGUCCCACAUAGAGACAGAGAACACCGGGAACACAACCAGGAGCAGAUGGCGCGUAAGAAUCAGCCCAGUGAACACAGACCCAAGUCCAGCUACACUGGUCCUGAAGGCAGCCCUCAGUCUCCCAGAGACAAAAGGCCCCUGUCCGGCCCCAACAUCCGCACCCCAAACCUGCCUGUGACAGAGGGUGUCCUGAAGACUGCUCAGCAGAAUACAAGGCCCUUUAACACCUACCCACGUGCAGACAGCGAGGGCAGCCGCAGUCCCACAGGCCCGCCUGUUCGGAAGCACGAGAGUUCCCCCAACAACGUCCCCCCCACAGGACCCAGCAAUGUUUCACCUAAGCCCUCUUUAAGCCACCCUCACCACACCUCCCACCCCACUCUGACCCCAGAGGUGUCCCAGCAGCACCCACACACACCUCAUCCCAACAUUCCAGCACCAAGGCCCCCAGUGCAGUCUGCGGCCUCUGGGGCCCCUCCCCAAGCCCGCUCCCCACAGAGAGAGCCCCAGAGGGUGUCCCAUGAGCAGUUCAGAGCUGCCCUGCAGAUGGUGGUGGACCCUGGUGACCCACGCACUUACCUAGACCACUAUAUCAAAAUUGGGGAGGGUUCCACAGGCAUUGUGUGCAUCGCCACAGUAAAAACCACUGGGAAACUUGUAGCAGUAAAAAAGAUGGACCUGAGGAAACAACAGAGGAGAGAGCUACUCUUUAAUGAGGUGGUCAUUAUGCGGGACUAUCACCAUGACAAUGUGGUGGAGAUGUACAACAGCUACCUGGUGGGAGAUGAGCUGUGGGUGGUGAUGGAGUUCCUGGAGGGAGGAGCACUCACGGACAUUGUGACACACACCAGAAUGAAUGAGGAGCAGAUAGCCACAGUAUGUGUGUCUGUGCUUAAGGCCCUGUCUGUGCUGCACACUCAGGGAGUUAUCCACCGUGACAUCAAGAGCGACUCCAUCCUACUGACCCAUGAUGGACGAGUGAAGCUGUCAGACUUCGGCUUCUGUGCUCAGGUCUCCAAAGAGGUGCAGAGGAGGAAGUCUCUGGUGGGGACUCCAUAUUGGAUGGCCCCAGAGCUCAUCUCACGACUGCCCUACGGCCCUGAGGUGGACAUCUGGUCUUUGGGCAUCAUGGUCAUUGAGAUGGUCGACGGAGAGCCGCCAUACUUCAAUGAGCCGCCCCUGAAAGCCAUGAAGAUGAUCCGAGACAACCUUCCCCCGAAACUCAAGAACCUGCACAAGGUCUCUCCCCUCCUGAAGGGCUUCCUGGACAGGAUGCUGGUGCGAGACCCCGCUCAGAGGGCUACAGCUAGUGAACUCCUCAAACACCCUUUUCUGUCAAAAGCUGGCCCCCCCUCCUGCAUCGUCCCUCUCAUGAGACAUAACCGGAUCAAGUGAACUGUGCACUCCCAACAUAGAGCCACUCAAACCUGUGUGCAGACCUGGCAAUAAAGUGUGUGUGCACGCGUAUGUGUGUGUAUGUAUGUGUGUGUAUGUAUGUGUGUGUAUGUAUGUGUGUGUAUGUAUGUGUGUGUGCGCGCGUAUGUGCGUAUAUGGUGAGUCUUUUAAUCUUUCACCUUAGUUUAAACUCCCCAUGUGAACACUGAGAAGAACGCAAAGUAACCACGAGCCCUUUUAGCCUGUAUUUUCAUAAACGUUUUUGCCAGUAUGAAGCAUGUGAUGUAACGUUUGACACUGGCCUCAUCUCACGGCCCCCCACCACUUCCAUGAGUGACUACUGAGUGUGGGAGGCUCCAGACUCAAGCUUCACUGUGGCCAAAUAAACUCACUCACUGUUGGACAUACCAGACACUACAGCGGGAAAAACACUGGAGAUUUCAACAUGAACUGUACAUUCAAUUGUUUUGGAGAGCAGGUCUAACCACGUUGUGGGGCCAAACUUUAGCAUGUAAGUCUUAGUGCUGGAUUUAUCAGUGUUGGUUGAGUCAUUCUAGACUGGCUCAGAAUGGCUCAUGUCACAUGUUUUUCCUGUACCAGCACGAUACUUCCUCAAACACUUUGACUUGUUUUAAUCCCUGUAUUACAUUUCACUGUGGCCCCACUGCACAGCCUGUUCAGGUGUUGGAUGACUUUUGUAUGUGGUAUUUUCUGAUCAUGUUUUAGGUUGAGAUGUGAAACCCUUUGAAGCACUGUCAGUGGAGAUGAAGCUGCACACUGGUCUCCUGCUGCUUUUCUCCUCAUGCGUCUGCUUGUACAUGUGGUGGCACUGUAGCAUUACACCAGCCUGUGUAAACCCCUAGAGUCUUCAAAGUCCACUUCCAAAGUGCUGAAGAAGCACCAGAACCCACUGAGCAUGUCUGAAGAGACACAAGUGUGCCAAUGUCAUACACACACACCCCCACACCCCCACACCCACACACCCACACCCACACACACACACCCCCACACACACACACCCCUACACACAUACAUGCAUACAUACUGAGCUGUCCACACAAGGGCCCAGCUUUGGAGAGGUUUGUGGCACUAAACAAGCAGAGAACAUGCCUAUAAGACGGACAAUCAGUGAUAGCUCAGUUUGGUGUAGCACUGUAUAUUAAGCAGUGUGGACAUGUUAGCACAAACUGCUUUUUAGAGAUCUCUAAAUGCCCGCAAAUGACACUAGAGCUCCUUUAAAUGGCCCUAUGCCCCUGUACAAAUGACACUAGAGUUCCUUUUAACGGCCCUGUGCUCCUGUGCAAGUGACACUAGAGCUUCUUUAAAUGGUCCUAUACCCCUGUGCAAGAGACACUAGAGCUCCUUUAAACGGCCUUAUACCCCUGUGUUUCUUCUCCAGAAAGACAGUUUGCAACAGAUGCUGGGCUCCGUAUGUUGUCUAAUGUUGAAUGGCCUACCCCAAGUGAACCUGCACAGGUUUGUGGGGCCGCUGAGGGCAGCAGCCUUCUGCUUCUGUGAAGUGGAGCACAAAGUGGCUCGGCUGCAUUUGAUCUAGGUUCUUUUAGAUUGUGGUACAUGAUUAACCUGGACCGGCCCACUGAGCACUACAUGUCUACAUCACUACAUUCCUGAAUGCUGCUGAAGCUAGAAUCAGCAGCAAUAAGAAAAUAAGCUGUGGCAACUAGCGGCAACAUGUAUUUUAUUUCCCAAAUUUGACAAAUUUCACAAAUGUUACUUUUUGCAAAUACAUAUUUUGUAAAGUUUGUUGUGCAAGUUGUCUUUUUGCGCAUAUUUAUCACACACAACACAAUAUGUAAUUUAAUUUUAAAUUUUCCAUAAGCUUUCAAGAACAAGUAGCCUAUAAUAUGAAUAUUAUUACAAAAAUAUACAGACAACUAAGGAACUCUCUAUUCUCUGGUUUAGUUAAUUUAGUUAGUUCACUCUACUCUGACCUCUCCACUCUGCGGCAAACACUGUCCGCACCUUAAUAGAGCCAAGCCCCAAAACGUUUAGCUGUAUGGUCUUCCAAAAAACACCACCAGACAGAUACCAAAUGACUCAAUUAUUUAAAAAAAUAUGGAUAAUGCUAAUAAGUAUAGCAUGCUUUGACUAUCUGCAAAUUGAUGUGCAUCAGUCCUGGACACAUCUACAACCUGCCUAUCCUGG